GGAAGCUCAAAGCCCAGAGAGGAAGUGUGGUUUGCCUAAGGUCACACAGCAACUUAGAGACUCAGUUCCACUUAUUGCACUGGCUGUGCCUCUCUCGCCAUCCUGCCCCACUCCCAGCCUGGCAGCCUCCAGACCCCUUCCGUGACUAUGGACGGAAAAGUGGCAGUCCACGAGGAUGGGCCUCCUGUGCUCUCCUGGGUCCCCGAGGAGGGAGAGAAGUUGGACCAGGAAGGCGGGGACCAAGUGAAGGAUCGGGGCCAAUGGACCAACAAGAUGGAGUUUGUGCUGUCCGUGGCCGGGGAGAUCAUUGGGCUGGGCAAUGUCUGGAGGUUUCCCUAUCUCUGCUACAAAAACGGAGGUGGAGCCUUCUUCAUCCCCUACUUCAUCUUCUUCUUCACCUGCGGCAUCCCGGUGUUCUUCCUGGAGGUGGCAUUGGGCCAAUACACCAGCCAAGGGAGUGUCACAGCCUGGAGGAAGAUCUGCCCCCUUCUCCAGGGCAUUGGUUUGGCAUCUGUGGUCAUCGAGUCCUAUUUGAAUGUCUACUACAUCAUCAUCCUCGCCUGGGCCCUCUUCUAUCUGUUCAGCUCCUUUACCUCUCAGCUGCCCUGGACGACCUGUACCAACACCUGGAACACAGAGCAUUGCAUGGACUUUCUGAACCACUCAGGAGCCAGCACAGUGGCGCCCUCUGAGAAUUUUACCUCGCCUGUCAUGGAAUUCUGGGAGAGGCGUGUUCUGGGCAUCACUGCAGGCAUCCACGACCUGGGGGCCCUGCGCUGGGAGCUGGCCCUGUGCCUCCUGCUUGCCUGGGUCAUCUGCUACUUCUGCAUCUGGAAGGGGGUCAAGACUACAGGCAAGGUUGUUUAUUUCACAGCCACAUUCCCCUACCUGAUGCUGAUCAUCCUGCUGAUUCGAGGCAUCACGCUCCCUGGAGCCUACGAGGGCAUCAUCUAUUACCUGAAGCCGGAUCUGUCUCGCCUGAAGGACCCCCAGGUGUGGAUGGACGCGGGCACGCAAAUCUUCUUCUCCUUCGCCAUCUGUCAGGGGUGCCUGACAGCCCUGGGCAGCUACAACAAGUACCACAACAACUGCUACAGGGACUGCAUCGCCCUCUGCUUCCUGAACAGUGCCACCAGCUUUGUGGCCGGGUUUGUGGUCUUCUCCAUCCUGGGCUUCAUGUCCCAAGAGCAGGCCGUGCCCAUCUCUGAGGUGGCGGAGUCAGGUCCCGGUCUGGCCUUCAUCGCAUUCCCUAAGGCUGUGACUAUGAUGCCCUUAUCCCAGCUGUGGUCCUGCCUUUUCUUCAUCAUGCUCAUCUUCCUAGGGCUGGACAGCCAGUUUGUCUGUGUGGAGUGCCUCGUGACGGCCUCCGUGGACAUGUUCCCCAGGCAGCUCCGGAGGAGUGGGCGGCGAGAGCUCCUCAUCCUGGCCAUUUCUGUCCUGUGCUACCUGAUAGGACUCCUCCUGGUCACUGAGGGCGGGAUGUAUAUCUUCCAGCUGUUUGAUUAUUACGCCUCCAGCGGCAUAUGCCUGCUCUUCCUUGCAAUGUCUGAAGUCAUCUGCAUCAGCUGGGUGUAUGGGGCAGACCGUUUCUAUGACAACAUUGAGGACAUGAUUGGCUACCGACCAUGGCCCCUGGUAAAGAUCUCCUGGCUCUUCCUGACCCCUGGACUUUGCCUGGCCACUUUCUUCUUCUCCUUGAGCAAGUACACACCUCUGAAAUACAACAACAUCUACGUGUACCCUACCUGGGGAUACUCCAUUGGCUGGUUCCUGGGUCUCUCCUCCAUGCUCUGCGUCCCGCUCUUCAUCAUCAUCACCCUCCUGAAGACCCAGGGCUCCUUCAAGAAGCGCCUACGACAGCUUAUCACCCCUGACCCCAGCCUGCCACAGCCUAAGCAACACCUGUAUCUGGAUGGUGGCACCAGCCAGGACUGUGGGCUCUCCCCAGUGAAGGAGGGACUGAUUGUUGGGGAGAAAGAGACCCACUUGUAGGAUGUG